ACAUGGCUAAGAACAUAUUUGGUUCAUGAACUACCAGUUUGGUUCAGCAUUUUAUAUCAUAAUAAUAGAAACAAUCUGUUGGGGUCUAUGCAUAAGUGGCGGGGAGGUUUGAAGCCAUAUUUCAACUUCGUAGAAGCAAGAGUUUCAAGGCACAAGUGUUCUCAUUGUGAUUCAGUUCAAAGAAAAGUUGAGAAACACAAAUCGAAUUACAUGUGUGAAGCUUCUCAUCACCUUGAAUUGGAAAAAAUGGAACAGCUGGAGAACUCUGUUGAAGCCAUGACCAGACUGCCUCCCUACACAGAAGUUGAAGAUUCUUUAAAGGAAGAGAUUGUAGAGCUCCAGGACCAAUUACAGGACCAGUUUGUAAUGCGCCGUGCCUUGGAGAAGGCAAUGAGUUAUUACCCUUUUUCCUAUGAUACUAUGAAUGAUAAAUCAAUCCCCAAGGCUACCAAGGAUCUGAUUAAGGAAAUUGCAGUGUUAGAACUUGAAAUUGUACAUUUGGAACGGUAUCUUCUCUCUCUGUAUAGAAGCACAUUUGAUCAUCAACAAAGGUCAUCUCCACCAACAUUUGAUGAAAUAUGCAAAAGGGAUUCAGACAUGCAUAGAGGGACAUUUCCCGUAGAUCCAAGACAAGAUAUCAUUACAGAUAAUCACAAUUCAGUUAAGCAGUCAAAUCAUCUUAAGUGGCAUCAAAAUUCACCGGGAAAUCGACCUAUGGAACGCAAUGUCACUUGGGGACCAGGAAAGCUGUUAGAUUCUGGUAUCCACCAAAGUUACUACUCAGUGUCUCAACGUUCACUUCGUUCUCCUUCAAGAAAAUCUCUAUCUAGAGCUGUGGAUGCAUACCAUUCUCUCCCAUUGGCAAUGCUGGAGAAAAAUAAUUCACAUUCUACCAGUCUGGCGGAUUAUCUUGGAACUAAUAUUCAAGAAUAUGUUUUUGAGAAUCCAAACCUGCUCUCAGAGGAGAUGAUCAGGUGCAUCUCAUCCAUAUACAGCAAACUGGCAGAUCCACCUUUGAUAGGUUGUGAUUAUCCUUCCUCUCCCCUUUCAUUCUGUUCAUCACAAACUGAUUUCCCAGCACAAGGCCAAGGUGAGACGUGGAGCUUCAAUUCAUCUAUUGAUAAUCCUUUCCACAUUGGAGACUCUAAGGAGCUCAGUGGACCAUACUGCACAAUGGCAACAGUGCAGUGGAUUCAUAGAGAUAGUGAGAAGCUUAAAAAAGUGCAGCAUAAGCUAAAAGUUUUUAGGUCUCUUGUCUCCCAGUUGGAAGAAGUUGAUCCCAGAAAACUAAAACAAGAGGAGAAGCUAGCUUUUUGGAUCAAUGUGCAUAAUGCACUAGUUAUGCAUGCAUAUUUGGUUUAUGGGAUCCCUCACAGUAAUAUGAAAAGGAUGUCUUUAAUACUCAAGGCUGCAUAUAAUGUGGGUGGUCACAAUGUUAACGUAGACAUGAUUCAGAAUUCUAUUCUGGGGUGUCAUCUGCUUCGUCCAGGACAAUGGUUGAGAAAUCUGUUUUCAUCAAAGCCAAAAUUCAAAGUCGGAGAUCCUAGAAAAUCAUAUUCUGUUGAUUACCCUGAACCUCGCUUACACUUUGCACUUAGUGCAGGACGUUGUUCUGAUCCUGCGGUCCGAGUUUACACUCCCAAGACAAUGUUUGAGGAUCUGGAAGCUGCAAAGGAAGAGUAUAUUCAAUCAAACUUGAUUAUACAUCAAGAAAAGAAACUCCAUCUACCAAAACUUGUGGAAUGCUUUGCCAAGGAGUUAGAUCUUUGUCCUGAUGGUUUGCUGGAGAUGAUAGAUCAUUUACUGCCUAAUUCUUUCAGGAAGAGCACAUGGGGUUGUCCACAUGUGAAAUCUGGCAAGAGCAUUGAAUGGACUAAUCACAACUUCUCAUUCCGCUAUCUGUUUUCAAAAGAAUUAGUCUAGUGGUCUUAUUUCUCAUGCAGGUAUGAGUGGGAUCACAAGUUGGAAUUAUGUGCAGUCUUUUUCUUCAAUAUAUUUCUCAGUUCUUGUAGCAGGAUGAUUUAGAAUGAUGUGCAAUUCUUACCUAGACCUGAUCCACAUGGAGCCGUGAAGCCGUGCACCCGAAGAGUAAAUAUAUGGGAUUUCAUGUGAGUCCAUCAUAUAUUUACACUAUGGGUGCAUGUGGACGAUCUAAGUAUUUUCCUGGAAUGACAGGAGAAUCGGAACUAAAAACUUGCAGAAUACUAGGCAGUUCCAAGUUGAGUUUUGAGAUCUAUUUUGAAGUAAUGUUCUUGUGAGAGAUAAUUAUCAAAGAGGCUGAAGAUCAUUAAGCUUUAAUCCCAUCAGAGAAUUUCUGAAAGAAUUGUUCUGAUACAUAUUGAGCACUUAAAAAGAAUUGAGCUUGUCUGAUUAGAGCAGCAUUUUUGUGAUUCAGUUGUUGUUCCCAAUUGUCUUGCUUACAAUUUUCAAUGGUUUCCAUGUCUUCAUAAGUAGAACGAAUGCUACCCCUUUGUGCAAAAGUAUCCCUAUUUUGUAAUGCUAGAUAUUAGCCUGCACAAAUCUAAAAUGUCUUAUUGCAUAUAUAUUUGAAUUCAUGUUGAUCAUGAUGGGUUUUCUA